CUCUUCGUGACAGCAGUGGCCGCUGCGCUGUGCGGGCAGAAGGGGAGAAGAAGAGCGCGACCAUGGCUACUGCUGACAGCGGAGCAGUGAAACCGCUCCAGAACGCUAUGAAAAUGGCCAAAGAUGCCAUUCAGCUGGAAGGAGAAAACAAACACAAGGAUGCUUACUGUGAAUACCUGCGAACCAUCAGCUACAUUUCACAUUCACUUCUGGAGGACGCUGGUUCUUCUAAGCACAAACAGAUGGUUGCCGUUGAAAUCGAGCGGAUGUUGAGGCUCGCUGAGCAAUGUCUGGAGCGUAGCAAGUCCUUGAUAGGGAAGAGCUCAGAGCCUCCUGACCCUCCUGACCCUCCGGCCUCCACUUCCACUCACGGCUCCCCUGACUCUGUAGAGCCCCCGCACGCUGCUGCCGCCGCUACUGCUGCUGCAGGCUCUGCUGAUGCUCCUGUUGAUGCUCAAAGCAAAGACACAAGUCCCACGAAGCCGGGCCACCGACGGGUUUUGUCUGAUGGCGCCGGGGAGCUCUGCCCUUUUCUACCUCCUGAAGUCUUCCAGAGAUUACAGACGGUGGCAUCUCAGGACGCGUGUAUAAAACGCUCUCACUGCAGAGGCAGAUGAUGGAGAACCUCAUCAUAGCCAAAGCCAGACAGGAUGCUCUUCAGCGAAAGAUGGAAGAAAGGCGACUAAGGCUGCAGGAAGAAGCCAACAGGAGAUUCGCAGCGUCUGGGUCAAUGACGGCGGAGGAGCAAGAGCAGCGACUUCUCUACACCAACGUGUUGGAGUACGAACAAGACCACGAUUGGCCCAAACAAUGGAAAGCCAAACUGAAGAAGAAUCCUGAAGAGUCUCUGGUGUCGGAUUUGGUAUCUUAUUUACUCAGCCGAUCAGAUCACCCGGUUGUGAAGAUGCUGCGAAAGCACCAGUACAGAAUUUACAACAGGCUCUACCCCCUCGUCAUCAAAGGCGCUCCUCAGAGUCCUGCCCCGCCCCUCAGGCCGUCCCGUAGCGUCCACAGUCUGCUGCACGCCGAGAGUAUCAGGAAUCCGGGCAGGACCUCAGGCUGCGGUGUUGGAGGCCAGAGUUUCAGAGUGGACUCGGCACUUCCCUCCUCGCACUCUCACGACCUCCUGAACAAUUACGAGGACUCUGAAGGGGAGGAGCUCCACACUCGGAUGACCGUGGAGCGGGAGAACUCUUUUGAAGACCUGGAGCAGUUCCUGUUCCAGCUGGACUGGGUCCCGCCUGUCGGGACCACAGAGGAAUUGGCCUCGGAUUCUGAGCUGGUCCAGGAUCGCUCCGUCCCGCCAGAGCAGGACGAGGGCUACGUCCAGGGGCUGGAGAUGAGAGCGCUGAAGGAACACUUGAAGGACAUUGUCAAGGACAUCCACAUAGCCAUUGAUCAGCUGCUGUCGCUGUGUUUGCUGUCCUUCGAGUGUUUGAACACGGCCAUCUUCAAGGACCUGUGCCUCGCCAGCAUAGAGGAAGCCUUCUUCGCGCCCCUCUGGACCGCUCUGGUGGCUCUUUUCAGGAGGGUUCACAGAGAACGGGAGGAGGCCUUUGUCAAAAGUUUAAGGCUGUACUGCAAUGCUACUCCCAGGGAUGUUGGUGUUCCCCUCAAACUCUUCCCUCAAGAUCCUGGUGCCCUGCAGGGUUCCUACCCCUACGAGUCGGCAGCUCAGGAGCUCCAGCUGCUGGUUCAGGACAGCUGUCCACAGAGGAAGCUGGAGUGCAUCGUGCGAACGUUGCGCCUCAUCUGUGCUUGUGCUGAGGACUACAGGAGUCUCCAGGAAGUGGAUUCUGCUCCCAAAACAGCAGCGAUUGGCGCCGACGACCUGCUGCCCAUCCUGUCCUUCGUGGCCAUACGCUGCCAGUGUCCACAGCUGGUGUCUGAAUGUGCGGCUCUGGAGGAGUUUAUUCAUGAAGGGUAUUUGAUCGGAGAGGAAGGCUACUGUCUGACCUCCCUGCAGAGCGCUUUGGCCUUCGUGGAAUCUCUUUGCACAGGAGGAAGAGGAGGAGAUGGUUGUAUUCCAGCAGAUUAUCUCACUUGAAAAAGAUCUUUAGUGAAGUCGUUCUUCAAACUCCAGCAGCUGCUCCUGAUGGAGGAUUACACUCAGAUAUCAGACUGGAGACGCGAAGAGUUCCAACGCGGAACCAAACAGACCUAAAGCUCUUCCUGUCUCUGUGGGUGAAAGGAUCCUCCUCUGCUCCUCCUCUGCUCCUCGUCUGCUCCUCCUCUGCUGCUCCUCUGCUGCUCCUCUGCUCCUCUUCUCGUCUUCUCCUCUGCUUCUCCUCUGCUUCUCCUCU